CAGAGCUUAGUUCAAGAAGGUUCUUGCUGGUGACUCAUUCUCUUUGAAAUAGUCCAGAUUUAAAGAUGUUUUAUAUUGUUUAAAAUGCAUCGAGCCUACCAGCCCAUUUUGCCAUGUGGCAACAAAUAUCUUCAGCAAAAGUGGGACCAAGCUAUCUAUGAGGAACACAAGAAAAAGAUCCUGUUAGCUAAACCGGUGGUAGACACAUCUACUCCUCCAACAUAUGGGCAUCUUCAUUUGAAGUUAAGAAAACUUAAGCUUGAAAAGGAACGCCUGUCAAUCAUUGAGCGAGACAAUCGUUUGCUGCUGGAGAAGAUGGCUCACAUCAUGAGAACUCAAGGGAGAGUUGAUAACAAAAAUGAUUAUAAGGCCAAAAGCUUAAACAGAGAAAAACGAGAGCAAGAAUUACUGAGAGUGAGUCAAGAGAAUUGUGCCAUUCUGGAAAGGAUUAUAAAGUGUAAGCCUCAGUAUAAAAUCCAGAAGUGGAAUGAAGACUGGCAAAAGGCUGAAAAAUAUAUGGACAGUAUUGCAAGAUAUCCUCGUGGAUUAUGCAAGACACAGAAACAAAUGUUCAAUGAAAUGACACCAAAAAAAGACAGACAGAAAGAUAAGCAGCUGAAAGAUGAAAGUCUAACUAACAAGACAAAGGAAGGAGAAGAAAUGACCUGCAAAAACAAAGAGGCAAAUAAUGAACAUCAAAGAGAAAAUCCAGUAGAAAAGGUGUAAUCCAGCCAAAGGAUAUUACUAAUAAUAUCCAUUCCCCUGAUAGAAGGGAAAUCAUCAUCUGGAAAUUAUCCUAGUAAUAUGAAGGUUAGAUACUAAAAACAGGUCAUCUUUAUUUUAAAUAUGCUGGUAUGGUAACAUAUAAGCAGCUUGCUAGGGCAACAAUCCUGUGCAUACUUGAAAUCUGUAUGAAUUAGAUUUUCACUGAAAUCAAAACUACAGUAUUAAUUAUUCACCAGUUUUUAAAAACAACAAAAAAGACAACACAGUUAUUAAUAAGUGUUUUAAUCAUGCUAAGGUGACAUCUCACAUUUUAUGAGCCAUCUCCUGUCAAUUAUAACCAGCAUAUCUCACUUCUAUUUAUAGUUCUUGCACUCAGAAAUAAUAUUUUUAAUUAUUCUGGUUGCUUGAUCUUAGAGGUGCAGUACCAUCCUUUUUAUAGGGUUCAUUGCAUUCUAUGAUCUUUGGUGUACAGGAAUUUGCUAUUAACUGUUCUUUUUCUUGUUAUUUUCCAUGGGCAUUGCAUCAGUAUGCUGUAUUAUCAGUAUGUGUUUCAGUAUGUGCUUCUAAACCUUGAUAUUUGGACCUCUUUUUCUACUUAUGUUUGGUGGUGGUGCUCUUGCACCAACGUGUGUAUCAAAACCCUAGCCCCAUUUAUGUGGAUGUAACUGUACUAGCUGUCAAUACUCUUCAUGCCAGUGUCUAACUUGUGCAAAGCCUUGUACAGUAUGCCUGGAACGCUUGCAGUAUUAUCAAAUCCUGUUUUAGUGCACAAUUACGUAUGGGUUAGUUAGCAAGGGGCCAGAGUCAACCCAUGGACCACCAAGGCUCUCUUUGGGGAAAGUCUAAUGCAUUUCAAGACUUCUUUUUAAAUUUCACAAAGCAAAAUACACAAAAUAGAGUAAAAACAAACAGAUUUGUAUGUUUGAACAACAUGCAAAAUACAAAAUAUGUUACCAGUCACUGAUAUGAGAACAUAUACAGUAUAAGCAUAUUCAAUA